AUGUCGCUGCCCGUAGAUGAUCUGUUCGGGUACACGGGGACGCCGAAGCCCAAGGCGCUGAGGCGCGAAGUGCUGAAGUGGAUCCAGGGGCUCGAUCUCACGCACUCAGUCAGGGAUCCGCGCCGGGACCUGGCCAACGGGUUCCUGGUGGCGGAAAUAUGCACUCGUUACUUCCCGCUGGACCUGAAGAUCGCGUCUUUUAGCAACGGGCUGUCGGGGCCGACGAAGGACAACAACUGGGGGCAGCUGCAGAAGUUCUUCGCGCGCAGAGGGACGCCACUGCCGGACGGCCUGGUAGACGCGACCAUCAACCGCGAGUUUGGCGCCGCGAACCUCCUCAUGGAGCACCUCUACGAGAUCCUCACCACGAAGAAGCUCCCCGAAGUGGUCGAGGACGACGACCCCGCCCUCAGGAGCCAGAGCGACAUCGGCAUCGACAAGCCCAAGGGCAUUCCCGCGACGGAGGUGUUCGCCUUCAAGGAGAACAAGAAAGCGCAGACGGUGGCGGGCGCGGCCACGACGGCGCAGCGCGCCGCGCAGGCGGCGCAGCAGGCGGCGCAGCAGGCCGCCGAGAACGCCAAGGCGCGCACGCGCGUGCAGCCGAUGAACCGGCGCGCGCGGCGCGGCCAGCAGGAGCCGGCGCCCGUGCCGACUACGGCCUUGAAUCCGAUCGGCCAGAAGAUAGCCGGGACGGAAACGGUGGAGUUCGGGGAAAUCCGAUUGGCGCCGCUGGACAACAUCAUGGAGCUGCGGAGCGCGUUCGACAAGGAAUGA